UCACAUGACGUCGCUCUAACUGCGCAUGCGUGCACGGUGGUCUGCGAACCGGAGUGAGACGCGUUUAAAGUCUGCAAUGAUCCUGCGCGCUGUUAUACAGAGACCUGUCCUCUCUUUACCUUUUGUGUAUAAUUUGCUACGACGUGCUAUAACGAUCCAGAGCCUCUGCCUCUCUUCACACAAGGAUGAGGUUCACCUGGCGAAGGAAGCCAGCAAGAAAUAUGGAAGUCCUGCUCCGACCAUAUUUUCUAAAAUAAUUGACAAAUCUAUCCCUGCAGACAUAAUUUAUGAAGAUAACAAGUGUUUAGCAUUUCGUGACAUCAGUCCCCAGGCUCCUGUGCAUUUCUUGAUUAUUCCAAAAACUGCUAUCCCAAGGAUAAGUGAAGCUCAUGAUGAUGAUGCACCGCUUCUUGGACAUCUCUUGGUAGUAGCAAAAAACCUGGCAAAGAAAGAAGGCUUAAGUGAUGGGUACAGAUUAGUCAUAAAUGAUGGGAAACAUGGGGCCCAGUCUGUGUAUCACCUGCAUGUUCAUGUCCUUGGAGGGAGACAGAUGCAAUGGCCUCCAGGAUAGAUGACUAUUUUUUCACUAUUUACUAGUGUUUCCCCAUGAAGAGAAUAUACAUAUAUUCAAUUUUAAUAAAUGUAAAUCUAGUUACAAAAUAUAAACAAAGAAAAAAAAACAUAGAUAACACAGCAUAACACAGUAAUAAUAAAGUAAAUACAUUUUUGAAAAUGGGAAUGGUGGAUUGGAGAAUAAUGGAUUAUGGUUACUAAAUAUUUCUAAUUUUAUUUUUAAUUUCUUUUCACUUUAUGAUUUCUAAAUUGUAUGGACACUGUUAACAUGUGAUGUAACUUCACUGCUUAAUAGUUAAUAUUAUCAUGAAAGUUGCUAUUGGUGCAUUAUAUGUCACUCCACAAGUCUAAACUGCAAAAAGUCAUUUUACCCUGACCUAGUUUUCUCUGCCAUUAAACCUUCACCAAGCUAGCCCUGGUGCUCAGCCAUUUUCUCCGGUCCUUGAACCCCAUACAAGGCCACUGUGCCAACUAAUUCAUUAUUAAUAAUCUUGAUGACUGCAGAUGUAUAAUGAUAUUAAGGCAUUUGACCCUCAGCUUCCUCUGAUUUCAAGUAUUCUACAACACUUCAGCUCUCGUUUCCCAAGUAAUGUUAUUAUUGUAUAUUAUUUAAUACAUUAUUUUUUUUGGCUUCUUCAGCAUGUACUCAUGAGGCAAUAAUACAGCACAGAAAUGAUCAGCUGAGGUGUACAAGUCUACAGUAGCUCAAGGCCCAGUAGUAGCUCCAUUUACAGUGCUGGACUGGCAGGUAUAAGAACUAUGAGAAUUCCUCUAACUCCAGUUAAAACCACCCAAACCCUUAGUUAAUAAAUCUGGGCAAAAAUGUGUUAUUAAACUCUUAGUCAGGAGUAAGAAUUAAUAAUUAAUCCUAGGAGUAAAUCUUUAGCCUGGAGUAUGACAGUGACGCCCCAUUUCCUUGUUAAGGGCCUCAAAAGUGCACAAGAAUUAAUUCACUAUAAUACCUAUUCUGAAUUCACCAUUAAAAAAUAUUGAUUGGUUUCUGAGUAGAAAUACUGAAUCAUAAUUCAAGAAUUAUUCUCCUGAGAUACCAUGGUUUGACUCUUUGGAUCUACUUGAUCCAUUCUGAUGCCCUGCUUAUGCUUGGAGUCUCAUCAUUUGGAGGCUGCUCACUACUGUUGAGGAUGAUGCCACAUGUACAACCUGUCUACUUGUACUAGAGUCUACUUGUUGACCAUGGAGGUGGGUUUGGAUUGCUGUUGCUGCGGUCAGUUUUGCACUCAGGUUUUUGUCAUUGAAUAUUUGAUGGCUUUGGCAGGAAGAAAUUUGUGUUAUACUGAAUUCAGACAUUCUGCUGGUUACACAUUUGCACUUGACUACAUAGUGUGCAGCUAUAAAAAAAACCCCAAUUAUUUUCACUUGCACUGUCUGGUGUCACUCAGAUGACGAUGGGUGUAGGAGGAAAGUCUGUUUUUUCUCAAGGUUUCUUCCUCAUAUCCUCUCAUGGAUGAUUUCUUUUUUCUUUUUCUCCUAACUCUGGCUUGCUAGAUAAAUAUACAUUUUUAUUUGGAAUUUUUAUAUUCCUGUAAAGCUGUUUUGUGACACUGUUAAACAAUAUUCAAAUAAAAUGUAAUUAAACUGAAGACGAUUGCAUGCAAUUGCAAAGCCACUGUUUGUUGAAUAUUUGAAGUUUUAUUAUACUUUAAAUAGAUUUUUGUGUUAAGGAUUACAAUCACAACUACAGCCAGGGUUAUUCAGCACACAGCUUUUACCACUGACUCUUCUCUUAUAGCCACUGUUUGUAGUUUGAGUAGGAAAAGUACAUUAUGCCAUUAUUUUUGCUUUAAAUGCUACAACAUUACUGCUUCAUUAUAUCCCACAUAUACAGAAAACAUUCUUAUGAAUGAAAAUACAUUUCAAUUCAUGUCCAGUAUCCAACAUAAAUGUUAAAGAUAUAGUUAUAUAAUGCAAAACUGAGUAUCUUGUUUGAGUCCAUGAUGAUGUGCAUGUCCCUUGAAUUUUUUUGUUUGUUUGUUUUGUUUUAUUUUUGCAGUGGAUAUAUAAAAAAUCCACUGAUACAUGAAAGAAAUCAUUAAUAAAGAUAUUUCUGUGGA